AUGAACUGGGUCGGCGGCAGCCGGAGCAGAAUCAUAUUAAAGCAGGAAAGGAGAAAGCAAAAGGAAUUCUUUGAAAAGAAGAAACUUAAAUCAAAGAUGAAGCUUCUGGAAGUGUCAUCUCCUAAAAGUUCAACAGCCAGUUUAGAUCUCCUCAAUCUCUAUGUUGUUAAUCAGAUAUCAACCAAAAAAGACAGCACCAAUAAGGGGAGGAAGCCAGUCCACAUUGAUAUCACUGAGGAUGCAAAAAGACCUGUUAGGAGGCACAACAUAGAGCUUCCCAUGUCACCACUACGUACACAACGUAUGUCAAAAUUAGAUGACAUCCAGAACAGGUUACAAAAGCAAGUAUUGGACAGCAGGAGGCAGCAUCUCACAGAGAAAGUGAAAUACAAACAUAAUUUAUCACAAGUAACAGAACUAAGGCAUGCUGACUGUAGUAUGGAACACGGAGACAACACAGCAAGAACUUGUAGUGCCUGUCCAUUGUCCUCUGCUAGUUUUUGGCCUUCUAACUGUACACCACUUUCAGAAAAACAUUACAAUACAAACCUAAUGGGCAACAUGUGGGAACGGACCUAUGAAGAGGAGCUGCAAAACCAGCCAGGAAAUAGUUGUGAUCAAGACCCUUGGAUUACAAAACCUCCAGGCCAGUGUACUUUCAGGAAGUCGGAGACAGUGCCUCAGGAACUGUUUAGGCUGUUGCAUAGGCUAGACUAUAUGAACUCUGGCAGGAACAACCCAGCCAUAAUGACCAGUAACCAACCAGAAAGCAGUGAAGGAAUAAAAGAACCAUUGUUUGACAUUGUGAAAGAAACUGCAGAACUGAAAACUCCUCAAGAUGGAAGUGCUUGUUCCUUUCUGGCACUGUUUGAAGAUGAAAGCAAACCAAUCCAUAAUAAUCCUUCCACAAAGUAUUUUAAUCCUUAUGUUCCUCAAAGCAAUACUGCCAUUUCUUUCAUCAAACCUGAUAAUAGAAAUCAAAUGACCAACAUAAGUUAUCUGUAUGAUACUAGAGAGGCUUAUCCCACAAUCAGUGUCAAAAACAGUUGUGUGGACAGACACCUUGAAGGCGUUUUCACAGCUCCAGAACAGGUUUUACUUAAAAGUAACAAUGUCUCAAGUGCAAGCUACAAGGAAACGAGCGGACUUUGUAAAACCCACCUGCAGGACUGCCUGGAGGGACAGCACUACUACUUCAUACCCGCAGAGAAGAAAGAAACACUUGCAAACCUUGAAAGAAUUGAUCCAUUUGCUUAUCACCAUGAUCAGCAGAUUAACUUACAGGAGAAUGUGCAGAACUACUCAAGAAGAACAAGAAAGAAAAUAAAAGUACAGGAGAGGGAAUCACUUACCAGAGAACUGUUUGCAUCCCUUAGUGAUGAUGAGACUCUGAAAGAAUCAGUAUGGAGACAGAACCAGCUCUUUGGAUUUGAAGAGUUCACAGCAGCACAAAAGGAAGAGUCUAAGUUUGGAGCGAGUUCAAAUCUUCAUGAGAUGGAGAAGGAUGUGGAGUCAUCACUCAGCAGCCAGUCUCUCAGUUACUCUCCAAGGCAGACAGAGAGCUGUCUCAGCUCCAGUCUCGACACGUUGGAAGAGGAAGACACACAUGGAAAGAAGGUGUAUCUGAAAGAACAGCCCUUGAGCACUGAUGAUGCCAACCUGGUUUCAGCAGCCUCAGCAAGGACAGAGUCCCCCACGACCUCUCACACCAGAACCGCGCCUCUCCAGCCCAGCAGUAUUCUGACCAGAGAAGCAGCAGAUCUUCAGGAGAACAUCUCUAUUUUGUGUGCCAGAGAGGAGGAGAGUCAAGCCCACCCUGCUCCGCCCGAGGGCAGCUCAUUACACCAAGCCCUCAGAAGAGAGCUCGUCCCUCGCAGUGCCACGUGCGACGCUUGGUCGCAGACUGAGGGCUCCGUGGCCCAAGUGAGGAAAGUGGAUGUUGCCACCCAGUGUGAGCCCGCGCAGGUGUGCGGGUGUGGGGGCUCCCUCCUCUCUGCCCGCAGCCCAGGGAGGGCCCCUCCUCCCGGCGCCGCUGGAGGGCACAGAACG